CCCCGCAAACUCAAGAGACCAGGCGGUGGAUCACGCAUAGCAGCAGCGAAUCGCGAAGCUGCUGAUCGUGAGCGAAAACAACGAGAAGAAGCUGCACGUCAGGCUGUUCAAGGAAGGGUGGUGGCCACAGCUGAGAUUGUUGCCGAACACUACAACGCUGUUCCUGAGCGAGGUCGAGAAUGGCGAUCAAGUGAAAGCAAGAUCAAGGGCCUGCGCAGUCUCAACAAUUGGAUCAAGUCGACACUCAUCCAGAAGUUUUCGAAGCCCGAGAACCACGUGCCGGAUCUGAAGAUUUUGGACAUGGCAUGUGGAAAGGGAGGUGAUCUGGGAAAAUGGCAGAAAGCUCCACAAGUGCCUGCACUCUAUGUGGGAUGUGACAUUGCGAGCAAAUCCAUUGAGCAGGCGCAAGAUCGUUUCAACGAGGACAGCCGACGCGGAGCACGGUUUAAUCGUGGCCAAAGGAUGCACGCGGAGUUUUACGUUCAUGAUACGUUUGGUCGAUCACUGGGAGACAUCAAGAUCAUAAGAGAUGUUGGUUUCAAUCCCAAUGCGGGACCGGGUCCGGCUAUCAUCCAAGGAGGAAUGAUGUCUGGCGGAUUCGACGUGGUCAGCAUGAUGUUUGCGCUGCAUUACUCUUUCGAGACAGAGGAGCUGGCGAGAGGCAUGUUGAAGAAUGUUUCAGGUGCCUUGGUGAAAGGAGGGCACUUCAUUGGAGUGAUGCCCAACAGCGAUGUCAUUUCUGCCAACGUCAAAGCUCUGCUUGCGGGAGAAGCACCAGGCAAGACGCCUGACGAUGCCCCAACAGCCGCUGCCGAUGACGAGGACUGGGAUCCUGAGAAGCCCGCGAAUGGUGAUGCGGCUUCUGAAGAUGGCGAGUGGGACCCGGAGAAGCCUUCGGACGCCCCAGCUGCUGGUGUUGCUGCAGACGACGACGACGAUGAUUGGGAUCCAGAGAAGCCUUCAGAUCCCACUCCCGCCGUUGCCACUGACGCAGCGCCGACCGAACAGGGAUCCACUCCCAACGGCAAGCCAUCCACUCCUGUCGACGCCUCUCUGCCAGACAUCGAAUGGGGCAACGACAUCUACAAAGUGAGAUUCCCUCGCCUCCAAACCCUCACCAACAAGCCGCUCCCUCGUGACGGCAUCUUCCGCCCACCAUUUGGAUGGCGCUACCAUUACUCGCUCGAAGAAGCCGUCGACGCAGCGGAAUUUGUCGUACCGUGGGAGGCUUUCCGCGCGCUGGCCGAGGACUACGGACUCGAGCUGCAGUACCGCAAAGGCUUCAGGGGCGUGUUGGAGGAUGAGUCUGAGGAUCGGGAGCUGGGCAUAUUGGCCGAGAGGAUGAAGGUCUUGAGCCGCGACCGAAGCCAGGGUGACGAUGGACUGUUGGUCACCAAGCCGGAAAGGGAGGCGGCCUAUUUCUACCAUGCAUUCUGUUUUCGGAAG